AUGGCCAAGAAAGAAGACAAGGCGAAGAAAGCCGCCAAGGCAGCCAAAAAAGCCGCCUCCCAAGCCAAGAAAUCCGCAAAAUCGGAAAAGAAAACCGCCAAGAAAUCCAAAGAUGACCAGGAUUCCGAUGCUGAAGACGCGGAUCUGGACGCCAUUCUCGCGGAGUAUCAGAAACAGCAGGAGCAAUUCUUGAAGGUCACGGAGAUUCCCUCGGAUGCUCCGUCUCCAAGGGCGUCCGCGACGCUGGUGGCGAGCCCGAGUAAUCCUUCCGAGCUGUUUCUGUUUGGAGGGGAGUAUUACAAUGGAGCCCUGGCUUCGUUUUAUAAUGAUCUGUAUGUGUACAAGAUCAAUCAGGAUAGCUGGAGGAAAGUGACGAGUCCGAACUCGCCGCUGCCGAGGAGCGGACAUGCCAUGUGUCCGGGGGGAAAUGCUGGGGGCAUCUACCUCUUCGGCGGCGAAUUCUCGAGUCCCAAGCAGGGCACCUUCUACCACUAUAAUGACUUCUGGCGCCUGGAGCCCUCGACGCGCGAAUGGACGAAAUUGGAAGGCAAAGGAGGUCCGCCUGCUCGGAGUGGCCAUCGGAUGACUUUCUUCAAGAAUUAUGUGAUUCUGUUCGGUGGCUUUCAGGAUACGAGCCAACAGACGAAAUAUUUGCAGGAUGUGUGGCUGUACGAUACGCACAAGUUUUCGUGGCAUCAGCCGGUGUUGCCGCCUGCUUCGCAGAAACCGGAUGCGAGGUCUUCCUUCUCCUUGUUGCCGCAUGAGACGGGGGCGGUGCUGUAUGGGGGUUAUUCUCGUGUCAAAGCGAGUGCGACGAUCAAGUCAGGGAAAGGCGGGAAGCAGACUUCUUCGAGGGUUGUGAUGAAGCCGAUGGUACAUCAGGAUACAUGGUUCCUGCGGAUUACUCCACCAGCUUCCGAUGCACCGGCGAACGCUCUGCCUACCGUGCGGUGGGAGCGGAGAAAGAGACCCGUCAAUGCUCCCAAUCCACCUCGUGCGGGUGUGACGAUGGCUCAUCAUAAGGGUCGCGGCAUUUCGUUUGGUGGAGUGCACGAUGUGGAAGAGAGUGAGGAAGGUAUCGACAGCGAGUUCUUCAACUUACUACAUGCUUACACCAUUGACCGGAAUCGCUUCUUUCAGCUGAGCUUACGGAGGCCGCGCGCAUCUGCAAAGAAGAUAGCCUCUGCUGCGGAAAGAGGCAGGCGAGGCAGAGGCAAGGCAGAUGAAGAAGAAUUGUUACGAAACUUGGCCUUGAUUGAGAACAAAGGCUCUCUGGGAGAUGAUGAUGAUGAUGCACCUCAAGUCCCCUCAGCAGGUACCGCCGCUGCUGACGAUGAUGACGAGGAUCAAAAGAUCGAAAAGCCCACCAUGUGGGAGAUGCCGCAUCCACGCUUCAACGCUCAGCUCGCCGUGCAGGAAGACACUCUCUACAUCUUCGGAGGGACAUUCGAGAAAGGCGACCAAGAAUUCACCUUUGACGAAAUGUGGGCGAUAGAUCUGGGGAAGCUAGAUGGAGUAAAGGAAGUCUUCAAGCGCGAACUUCUGGAUUGGCAAGGUAGUGAAGACGAAGAAAGCGACGACGAAGAAGACGACGACGAUGACGAAGAAGAAGAAGAAGAAGCAGGAUCUGGCGAAGAAAACUCCGACGAAGAUGAAGCGCAAGCCACCGAACCCAGCACGCCCGCCACCUCCAUCGCAGAUCCCUCCGAAGCCGACGCCGUGGAAUCGGAGCUUGUAUCCUCCGCCAAGGACAAUCUCCCCAUGCCCCGACCCUUCGAAACCCUCCGAGACUUCUUCGCGCGUACCUCGAACGAAUGGCAGGAAACCGUCCUCGAAGCGAUGAAAUACGAACGCAAUCCCAAGGAGCGGUCGGUCAAGGAGAUCCGCAAGAAGGCCUUUGAUCGCUCGGAGCAGAAAUGGUGGGAUAGUAGGGAGGAAGUACAGGUUUUGGAGGAUGAACAGGAAGCUGCGGGGAUUAGUGAGGUUGUCAGUCUGGCCGAGAGGGGUGGCGAGGGCGCUGGUGGUGCUGCGGGGAGGAGGAGGUAG